CUCUCUCAUAAUUUGAUUGAACACAUACCUUCUAAUGCCUUCUCCCCACUAAAAUCUUUGAAUGCUUUAAUGCUUUCACACAACCGUAUAAGUUGCCUCUCAAAAGGAGCAUUUGAUGGACUUGGACUUUUAAGAAUUUUAUCACUUCAAUCAAAUUUAAUUUCUAAAUUACCAGAAAUUGUAUUUUCCAAAUUUGUAUUGGAAACACAACAAACACUUAGCCAUGUUUCCUUGGGGGAUAACCCUUUAUUGUGUGACUGUGGAAUGAAUUGGGCUAUUAAAUGGUUAAGAUCUAAAUUCUUAGAGCCUGGUAUUGCACGAUGUUCUGACCCUUCAGAAAGACGGCAUCAACUUCUAUUAAGUGUGCAACCUUAUGCGCCCUGCCCAACCUUAAAUAAUACAAAUAUUAAUGAGGAUUUGUGUAAUUUUUGUUCUCCAGAAAAGUGUUUAAAUGGAGGUCAUUGUGUGGUGGAUGAGGAAAAUGGAGAAAAUUGUAAUUGA